AUGCUUUCUUUCUCUUUAUUUCAUUCUCUCUCUCUCUCUCUCUUUCUCUUUUCACUUUCUCAAACUCUUUCUCACUAUCUCUACCCCACUCUCCUGUUUAUCAGAUACUUUCUUUCUCUCUUUCUUCCUCUUUAUCGAACUCUUUAUUUCACUCUUCUCUCUCUCUCUUUCGUUCACUUUCUCAAACUCUUUCUCACUAUCUCUACCCCACUCUCCUGUUUAUCAAAUACUUUCUUUCUCUCUUUCUUCCUCUUUAUCGAACUCUUUAUUUCAUUCUCUGGCUCUCUCUUUUCUCUCUUUCGUUCACUUUCUCAAAACUUUUCUCACUAUCUCCCAGGUCUCCUGUUUAUCAGAUACUUUCUUUCUCUCUUUCUUCCUCUUUAUCGAACUCUUUAUUUCAAACUCUCUCUUCUCUUCUUUUGUUCACUUUCUCAAACUCUUUUCUCACUAUCUCUACCCCAAUCUCCUGUUUAUCAGAUAGAUUCUUUCUCUCUUUCUUCAUCUUUAUCGAACUCUUUAUUUCCUAAGAAUAAUCUCUCUCUUCUCUCUCUCUCUCUUUUUACUCAUUUUCUCAAACUCUUUCUCACUAUCUCUACCCCACUCUCCUGUUUAUCAGAUACUUUCUUUCUCUCUUUCUUCCUCUUUGUCAAACCGUUUCUUUUACUCUCUUUCUCCAUCUCUCACCCUCUAUCCCAAUCUCUCUUCCUCACUCUACUGUUUAUCAAUUACUUUCUUUCUGUCUUUCUUCUUUUUUUAUCAAACUCUUUCUUACACACUCUUUCUGUCUCUCUCACCCUCUUUCUCAAAUUCUUUCUCCAUAUCUUCCUGUUUCUCAAAUACUUUGAGUUUUUUUCUUCUUUACCAAACUACAUUUUGUUUUUUCUCAGCGUGUCUUUUUUUUUCCUUUUUCCUUCUCCCUUUCAUUCUUUCUCCUCCAUUUCCUUCCAUUUAACUUUCUUUUAUAUUCUUCUCUUUUUCCUUAGGGCAAGCUUAAAAAUCGUCCAAGAUGCCAUGCGCAGAGUGACGUCGUUCGUGACAAGUUAUACGGCAUAUAUGUCGUCACAUCUAUGCAAGAAGGCAACAUUUAGUUGUGUAGUGUCUGGUCUUAUCGAUUUAAUCCGAUUCUCUCUCUCUCUCUCUCUCUCUCUCUCUCUCUCUCUCUCUCUCUCUCAUUCUAUCUUCCCGUAUUUCUUUCUUUCAUUUUCUCACUGA